AUGAACCAUAUGGAGAAAAAAGAGAAGCAAAAUAGUGUAGAUACUGAUGUUAGCGAAAUAUCGCGCCUGAUUAAAUUGUACGAAGAGGCCAACAGUUGGUUUACUAAAAAGCAAAUGCUGCCAGUAUUUGUAAACGAUUACUCUAAAGCACAACUUCAGCUGCUUAUUCCUGGAGUAAGCAUUUGGGCGAUAGAUGAGGCAACAAGGCAUGCCGCUAAGGUGGGGGUGGGUAAACCAGUGCCACAGAUGGAGGCCAUUACACGCGCAAGACUGGAUCCAAGCAAAGUAGACCAUUUUCUACAUUUUAUCAGCAGACCAAAUUUCGUGCAAGAUGUUGCGUACGGAACAAAAACGCUAAAAUUGUCGAAUGGGGAGAAGAUGGAGAUUCCAAACGUGGUUAGGACAGUUAUUGCUUCAAGGAUUGUGGACUUAUACCAGCAGUACUGUCAGGAAACCGGUUUCCUUUCACAUGGGAGGUCAACCCUCUUCAGUAUUAAACAGGUACUUAUCAAAACAAAAUCACGAUUUAAAAUCAGAAGAAGAGCGAAAAAAGAAAGAAAAAUUGGGGUUUUUUAUAUUCUGUUAUCUCAUGUAGAUAUCACGAAGAUAUCUUUAUAUGCAUUAAUUGUGUGACGUUUCUUAGUUUAAACUACUUCUUCAGCUUGAUUAACUGAAAAUUCCUUUAGCCAUGCAUAUAGGUGGGGAUUAGAAAAGAGCAAACGCUCUGGAUGAGAAAAGCAGUAAAUAUGAACACGAGGAGAAAAAUAUAACAAAAUGUCAUUAUUGUAUAGAUUUGUGCGGCAUCACAAAAGAAGUCUUUGGCAGGACUUGACAACAUCGCUACAGAGGGAUCGUAAGCCUUCGAUACACUCGAAGACGUUGCAAACAGGCUAGGAAAGUUAGCUAAGCUCAGGUUGAUUUAAGUUUUGUCCCGGGAAGACCUGAAUCUUCCCACUUUGUUUCUAUAUAAUGCUAUUUUUCAGUGCACCUUUAACACUCAAACCACCCAACCUCCUAGGCCAAUUUAAUUUUUGGACUUCUUAUUUCUUCUUUAAGGUUUGUCGAAACCAUUUUAUUAAAAAGCAUAUAUUCUAUACUGUGCAAUUUGAACAAAGGCCUGGCCUCUUAACGAAAUUUAGCAUAUAUGAGCGGCUUUAUCUUAAAUAGAAGUAAUUAAAAAAAAAAGAGUGGUAACAUUAGCGUGCCUUUUUAAAGGUAAAAGUUCAGCCCUGGUUCAAGGUGUUAAAGAUCGCUUGAAAGCUGGUAAAAGCUACCUUAAGACAAACUUUAAGAUCCGCGUUUCUGAAGAAAGCCAGUGUGCUGAUCACUGCCGGGUAUUUGCGUUGUCUGACCCUGAAGAUCAUCUCUGUGAGCAUGAACCCACGAAAUCAUGUCAAAGCUGCGAUUGUGGUUUGGAAAGAAAGGCCUCUCUUGACAUGUCACAGCCGUGAUAACAAAACCGAAGGAAGAGUUUGAGGUAUUUUCUACAGGCACAUCCCACAUCUGACUAUGGGCAUAUCCAAAACGGUGCAUGAUGCUUUGUCUGUCUCUGUAUGUACUACGCCGCUCAGUCGGAUUAUGCGCAAAUCCUUUUUUGACAACAUGGAACUACACUUAUACGAAACGUAGGAAUUGCAUGCCGAAAUUUUAUCUUUUAAAAGGACACCUGUACUGAUCUCUUCUAGGAAGAGAUCCCUGUUUGUUGACACUGUGUUGAUUCUCGUGAGCGACCGUUUACAGGAGGUUUGACGGUAUAUUCCUUAAAUUACCAUUUCAGUUUCAGAUAUUGUAGAAGUCGAAUUUGUGUCCUAAAUAGAAGAAAUGCUGAGUUUUCUUCUUAUUUCCUGAGUAACAGUAGAGUUAUCCACAUUCACUUGCUGUACAAAAUACGGUAAAGGUAAUGUAUAAAUUAGGUAUUGCCAGUGGAGGUAGGUCGGUGUCCGCGUGACAGGUUAAAAGCUUACACUGAUCAGUUACUUUAUUGGCACAUUCUACUGAGGAAAUAAUCCCUUGAAAUCUUUAGCUAUGAAGUGCAGGAAGAUACGAGGCAUAGUUAUAGUCAAGGGAUGAAACAACAAGUUGACAACAGAUAGGAUUACCAGAGCCGAUAGUGUAACAUUAUUUCUUAUGUUCAUAUGUAUAGGUAAGGACAUACGUUCAUCUGCUGGAUCACUGCAGCCAGAACUGGUUUGCUGUUGCAUCUAUUUAUGAGAACACGCUUAUGGAAAUAAAGAGGAAGUCACCUGAGAUUGUCGAGGCGUUUGUACGUAGUAAUGACGCUGGAUGUUGUCACUGUGCUCUUUUAUUGCUAAGUAUUCCUGGUAUUAGUCAACGUACAGGUGUAACUACAAGCCGAUACGACUUCAGUGAAUCAAACAGUGGUAAAGAUAUAUGCGAUCGCCAUAUUUCUCCUUUGAAAAGUCAUAUACGCCAGUACGUCAAUGCAGGAAAUGAUGUCGAGAACGCAAAAGAUAUGAAGAAAGCAAUAGAUUCUUACUCCGGAGUUAGAGGUUGCCGUGCAUCAGUUGUAAAGGUGGACACGUGCGCCCAGGAUCUGCAUAAUCACAACUGGAACGGAGUACUGAUGUUUUCAAACUUCAAGUUUUGCGCAGACGGAAUCAGGAUGUGGAAAGCCUUUAAUGUUGGAGAAGGAAAGUUCGUUCGUUACGAUAAGCUAAUGAAGAGAGGCACCAGCUAGGGAAGUACCCGACUGGAGGUCGUUGAGCCCUUCACAUCCCCGCGUGUGUCGACUGGCUUCUUGUACAAAACGACGGAAAACAAAAGUGAACCUUGUGAAUUCAGUUGCCCUCAACCAGGCUGCAUGAAGUUAUUCAAAACGACAACGGCAUUACAAAACCACCAGGACUUUGGCAAGCACAUUUUUUGCACCCAAAAGGACUCCACGCAUGACAGUAUUAAGCGUAAAUGGGCUAACGCAUGCACCAACCUAG